UAAUGAUAUCAUUCAAUGGCGGCGAGUGUAAUAAUAAUGGUGUUUAUGAACUACAUUGAAGAAGAACAUAUUAUAUCUCACUGUUGGUUAUUUAACACUGGCGGAUUUGAUUUAUUUAUUUUACUGACACGUCAGUAUAUUGAAUAUCUCAAGGACUGGCGUUUAAUACAAAGGUGAAUUAUUCACUGUAUUAGUGUCACUGUUUCACUGCGAUCAGCGAGUUGCUACCAGACACAACAUAGCCUCAACAGUUACUGAUAUUUUGUGUUUUAACUGCUAGCAAAAUGACCGAAACGAAAGAGAUGGAUUUGCCAGUCAUAAAUUGCGAGGUUAAAUUGUGUGACAAUGCGACGAAUGUCCGUGAGACUUUACUUAAUAAUGGUCAAGUCAAGUCUUGCAAUUCCAGAUUAUCUCCAGACGUGAAGGACAUUGAUAAUGGUCAGACGACAAAACAGUUGAGUUCGACGUCAUCAAACGGGCCAGUCGUCCCUUUAAUAAAACCAGACAAAGAAGAAAACGUCGUGAUAAACCAGAAUGUUGAAAAUAAAGACAAAAAAGACAGCCACCUGUGGAGAAACCUGAUCAUUAUUUUUACUCCGCUAAAUCUAAUCUGGAUCUCGGCCAUAGCCUUUCUCUACUUGGAAAUCAUUCUACCAACAGACGUCCGAAUACGUCACGUGUUCACGGACGUUCACGACGACGGCUACUUCUGCGUCCCGUGCGAAGCUGUGUAUCUCACAGAGGACGACGUCCAUGACAACAUUCACCGCUUUGAGAAACGCGACGAUGACUGCUGUGUUGGCAAGGAGUCUACACUGACUGACAUCGUAACCAAGUUUGCAGAUAAACUGUAUCGUCAACAGAGAGCAAAAGAUUUUGAUAGCGGACGGCCAGAUGAGACACACAUCGAGUUGAAUGAUCGAUCAGCUGAACUGAGGCAGCUCGACGUGGAUCAGUUUGGCGGAAGUAAGCUGAGAUGGAAGGGUGAAUCGUCGUCCAUUGGACGGAACAUAACCUACGUCCAAGAUGGCGGCCUGCAGGUGAAUGUUGCUGGGCUGUAUCACAUCAACUCACGGCUGGUGUUUGUGGAUGACGGGAAGGACACAGCUGACAGAACGUUCUCUUACUCCAUCUGGCUGCGCAGACCGGACAAGGAAGAAGAGGAAAUUUUGGACAGCGUUUCCUCGGAGUGUGAAAUGACGUCAUCAGCUAAUGGCGUCAUUCCCAGCUUCCAAAGUGGAACGUUUGAGCUGGAAGCAGGUGAUAUUGUCGAGAUGCGCGUGGAUGGUGUGACGCACCUUCAUAAUUCUGGUAGUAAUAAUCGUCAUUAUUUUGGACUUUAUUAUAUAUUAUAAAAAUGUGGUAGAUGGUUAUACUAUGGGGGAGGGUUAUGUAUGUACGUAGUUUUAUUAUGUUAUGGCACAUGUUAUGGUUCACAUAUUCACUUCUAGGAAAUGGUGAAGAAUUAAAACAAUAUGUAUAUGUAAUGGUAAGCCUUCUGGCUGUAUUUUGCCCAUGUUAUUUUGUAAUAUUGUGCAUCGAC